AUGGUGCUCCCGCCAGCAGUUCCACACGUCAAGAAUAAGCUAACUGAAGCCAAGAAGAAAAACAAAAGACAACGGGUGGAAGAAGAUGAGGAUGAUGCCAGCAAAGAGUCACAGUGUGAUGCUGCUGAUGACGACGAUAGCACAAAACAUGAUGAUGAUCUCAUUCGUACAGAGGGCGAUGACGCCGCAGGGGACAACAGUGGUGCCGCGGAGGACAACAACGAUGUUGGAAAAUCAAACCGGAAGUGCACAAAGAGGAGAAAGACAAGUGGAAAAGAAUUGGCAGCACCAAUGGAUGAUGAACAGGAGGCAACAAAAGAUGAGGACAAAUGCAAAAUCAAGGCAGGGGCAGCAUUUGUUUAG